AUGGGGAUGGAGUGGCCGCCGACGCCUGCGCAGCAGAGGAAGGCGGUGGUGGGCGCCGGGUCGGCGCUGAAGCUGGUGCUGUUCGUGAUCCUCGCGGGCCUCGCACUGCGGCUGCUGGUCGGCCCGGCGGCCUACCUCCUGCCGCUCACCGCCGCGCAGAGGGGGCCGCCCGUCUUUUCGCGGCGCCGGGGAGGGAAAGAACCGGCGGCGUCGGGAUUCCUUCAGUCGAUCAGCAGACUGCAGAGGGAGGAUGGAGGUGUUCGUUUGAUCACUUCCAUUAGUUUAGUGAUACGGCCAUACGGGCAAGCUUUUCUACAUCCUGUAUGGAAAGAAACGGAUGAUGCGGUUUUUACUUUGACCUCUUCAGAACCUCUUACAGAUUUAGACAAGGAAGGUUCUCCAAAACCAGAAGAAAGUUGUGAUCUUUUCCAUGGCGAGUGGGUUCCCAAUUCAUCAGGGCCAGCUUACACUAAUGCAAGAUGCCGCUUCAUUGAGUCUCCUCAGAACUGUAUGACAAAUGGAAGGCCUGACACAGAUUAUCUCAAUUGGAGAUGGAAGCCAUAUGGUUGUGACGUACCACCAUUUGAUGGCAAGAAGUUUCUGGAUGGGAUGAAGGGCAAGCAUUGGGCACUUAUUGGUGAUUCCAUCCUUCGCAACCAUGUCCAGUCAUUGCUUUGCCUUCUUUCUAAGGUCGAAGAUGCUACUGAGGUCUACCAUGAUGAUACAUUCAGAUCCAGAAGAUGGCACUUACCUUCACACAAUUUCACGGUCUCCCUUAUCUGGGCACCAUUCCUGGUCAAAGCUAAAAUAUUUGAGGACGAUGAUGGAGUUUCUACUGCUGAUCUCCAGCUGCAUCUUGACGUUCUCGAGACAAAUUGGACUAGUCAAUGGGAGAGCUUUGAUUACGUAGUGAUAUCCACAGGUCAAUGGUUUUUCAAAACUGCAGUGUACUGGGAGAAUGGAGCUGUGAUUGGCUGCCACUACUGCCAGAACAAAACCCUCAAAGAGAGGCCUCCAGAGUACUCCUUCCGCAGGGCACUCAAGGUGGCCUUCCAGUUCAUCACAUCUUCACCUCACAAGCCAGUAGUCUUCUACAGAACGUGGUCUCCUUCGCAUUUUGAGAAUGGCGAGUGGUUCAGUGGCGGGACUUGCAACAGGACGGCCCCAUUCAAGCCAGGGGAGGCUGGUGACAGAGAAAUGGACAAUAAAAUGUGGAGGAUUGAGAGAGAAGAGUUUGACAACGCGGUGGCGAACAAGGGGCCUAUCGAUGGUCACCGUCUGAAGCUGCUUGAUACAUUUGAGCUCUCUCCUAAGGCCUGA